AUGUCUCUAGCGCAAGAAUUCUCGUCCUGGCGCACCCCGGAAGCCAAGCCAAUGGACCCGGUCCCCGAAAUCGGCUCUACGGCGCCAUCGACAGACAAGCUGGGGAUUCCCGGUGCGGACGGCCGGUCAACAGUCGUGACGUUCCUGCGGCAUUGCGGGUGCCCAUUCGCAGAAAAGACGUUUCUCUCCAUGCGCGCGACCGCCGCCUCGCACCCCUCGAUCCGCUUCGUCGCCGUCUCGCACAGCGACGCCGCCGCCACAGACAAAUGGCUCGGCGCGCUCGGGGGGCCGGGCACGGGCGACGCCGCUGUAACCGUCCUGUCCGACCCUGACCGCACCCUCUUCGCCCGCUGGGGCCUUGGCGUCUCGUCGUUCUGGCAUGUCCUUUCUCCGUGGGCCCUCUGGGCUGUGUAUCGUCUGGGCGCGGACGAGGGGAUUUGGAAUCGACCUACUGAGAGCGGGAAUCGCUGGCAGACGGCCGGGAGCUUUGCUGUUGAUGCGCGGGGGAAGGUGGUUUGGGGCCGCCCGGCGGCGAGCGCGAGCGAGGUUGUCGAGUUUGGUGAUGCGGUGGCUGCGUUGGAACGGGUGGGGAGUGGUGAAGAGGGGGGCAGGAUUAGGGCGAAUUUGUAG